UUUCUGUCUGUUAUGUUCUUACAUCUCUGUGGUUAUGUCGUAAUUUCAACUCUCAUUUAAGUGAUAAAAUGAGCCUGUUUGGAAAGAAACGUCAAGAUGAAGUGGAGGCCGCAAGGCAAAUGGCUAUCAAGCUGACCCUUAGCAAAGAAGUAGCAUCUUCUAUCAAAAAGCUGCAGCGAGACCACAUUAGUCUUGAUUCAGCCAUCAGAAGUGGUGACACAGCAAACAGAUUCUGCAAUGUGAUGGAAGCCAUCCUCCUCCAUGAGUUGAAAGAUUCGUACUCUUCUAAGACAUUUUGGCCAUUUCUGAUGAAGUUUACUCACAGAGAUGUCAUUGAACAGAUUAAAGAAUUAUCUUUCAUUAAAACUGAAGUUGGAUUUUGUAGGGCUUGGGUACGACUGGCUCUUAACGACUGUUUAAUGGAGAGUUACAUGUCAGCCAUCCUCCGGGAUAGCAAGGCCAUCAGACAAUACUACGGACGCAACUCAUUCCUUAGGGAUCCCGAGCAACCAUUUAUCAUCACAAACUACCUACAGGGUCUAGGCAAUUUUUCCUUUCAGCUCUCGCACAACUCAACUCUACUUAAUGUUUGGGGUGCAGCGCCCUCUAUGUUGAAGGGUUCCUGGACUCCGCCUGGUGACAACAAGGCAAAUGAAACAACUUCUCCAAGACCUUCAACAGAUCUAACAGCAUCAUUUCAAGUGACCAAUCCAUUGACUCCAUCAGCACCAAGCUUCAACAUCCCAGAUGGUGCUCUUCAGGUGACUCCCAACAGUUCCGUUGACAUGCCAUACCACGUCGGAAGCUUCCAUGAGAGCGAGAUGAGCACCAACUUACUACGCAGCCUGGAUGAAGAGGAGAGGGGAACGACAAGGGAUGUGCCUACCAAGUCAAAUCAGACGAUUGAAGAAGGGCCAUCAGUGGUCUUAGAAGAGUCGGAAGACUUUGAGGACAGUAUCGUGAUCCAUAUGUCACCUACUGAGAAUACACCAACCCAAGGAGAGGGUAAAGCUUCGGUUGAUGGCACAAAUACAGGACAUUCUGUUGCCCAGAGCAUGAAGGCUCAUCCGUCUCUUCCGAGGAAUCCCUUUGAGGAUGAUCUUGAGGACGAUGAUCAAGGGAUUGUCUUUGAUCCUGUUGUACAAACCGAACAUGUGUCCACAGUGUCAAAGGAGCACUCGGACACACCUAAGUAUCCUGAUGAGGAAAGUGGACUUGCACCAAAGAAGCAACUUCAUCAAGAAGCAGAAGACCCUUCACUUUAUUCUGACAAUCUCAAGAAAGACACAACUCAACCAACGAAAAUCAGAAAGGACGAUCUUGAUGAUAACAACCCGUUCUUCAGAGCUGUUGGAAGCAAUGAUGUCAGGAACUCAGAUGAUUGUGUAAAGAAACCUAGGAUACCAUCCCUGAAGGAGGAACUUGAUGCAGCAGAGGGAGGGAUGUUUGUUUAUAGAUCCAACAUUGAAUAUUACAAUGAAGAGGAUGAUGGUGAGGAUGAGGAAGAUGACUACGAGGGUGCUGGUGGGACAAGAGUGGAGCCAAAAGUGCAAUCAGAACAGGACAGUGCUAGGACACCUGCUAGGACACCUGAAACAAAAGUCAAGGAGUUGGAUGAUCAAGGGAUAGGUGACGAUGACAUGAAGGGAGGAGCUCCAAGUGGAGGUGAUGAUGGAAAAGGGAGGGAAGAGCUGACAAGUUCCUAUGGUAACAGCCUUGGAAGACACAGAGGCUGGUCUUCUGAGUUCCACAGACCAACAUCUAUGAUGGCUGAAGACGCUCCGGAUGGAUACACAAGGCAAGAGAGUUACCAAACCUUACUGAAGAACUACAUGGACACCACAGACAAGGCCAUCACGCCUGUCAGUAGUAACCUUUCAACUUUGACCUGGCCAACCAGUGACACAUCAGGCAAAGUUGCCUCUACAGCACAUACUAUGAAGCAGACUUCCGCACCAUCUUCUCCACAACCCGCUGAUUUUCCUUUGGAUUUUGAAAUCAUCCCCUUCAGCAGCUCACCGGCAUCCAAACAUGCCGACUCGCGCACACAGGACCUUCUAUCUGGAGUGACAACCAUCGCCAAUGAGAAGGGUCUGGACUCUCAGAACUACCAAUGCAAAGGCUGCACUAGGCCAGUAGGGAUUAUCUAUGGGAAAGCAAAGGUGUGUGGAUACGAUGGAUGUUACUAUUGCUAUGAAUGUCAUAUCGAUGAGGAAGCUGUCAUUCCAGCAAGAAUAUUGUACAGCUGGGAUUUCAGGAAACAAAAAGUUGCCAAGCACACCAAGAGUUUCUUGCAGCAGAUUGAGGCUAUGCCAUUGAUAGAUAUAGCUGAAACCAACCCAUCACUCUACAAAGCUGUUCCAGAACUAGAAGAAGUCAAGGGUGUCCGUAUGCAACUCAAGUACUUGAAAGCCUAUUUGUUCACCUGUAAGCAGUCCGUAGCAGAAGAACUGAAGAAGAGGGUGUGGCCAAGGGAAUACAUGCUAGACCAUGUUCAUCUAUACUCCAUGCUGGACUUCAAUCAAGUACAGACUGGGACCCUCUCACCCAUCCUGAGGAAAGUAGUUGUAUUUGCCGUCAAGCACGUCCAGCAGUGCGCCCUCUGUAGUCAGAAAGGGUUUAUCUGUGAAAUCUGUGAGAACAGCAAAAUCAUCUAUCCCUUUGAUACAGAUCUUACUGUUCAGUGCGACAGAUGCAAGUCGGUGUACCAUAAAGCAUGCAAGACGGAGAUGAAACCGUGCCCGAAGUGUGUGCGAAGGAAAGUUAGGAAGACCCAAGCCGACCAGAGCACAAGCCAAGCAAACUUUGUCUCUCCUUUCACCUGAUGGGGGUAGGCAGGGAAGAGGACUACAGCCCUGUGUCACAAAGAUUUGCAAUCAAUCACAACACGGCAGUUGCCUAGCUAUCAGCAUCGUUGUUGCAUAGGUAUUUCAUUCAACAUUAUCACCGUCACCAAUCAGGAUCGCUGUGCAGAAUUUGCAAUUGAUUGCAGAGUUUUGUGUCACCGGGCCCAGCUCAUGCCAGGUGUUGCCUUUCAAUCUCAUACCACAUUGUUGCCUUUCUGACUGGCCCUUUAUCCAUCAGCCACAGACCUUUUAUGCCUCCUAAAUGGCAGGAAUAUUCUUUAUACUGAAUGAACCCCCAGAAAACAACAACAUUGCAAGCCUGUGUUUCAUACACCUUAACAAUGUAUCAACAUAGCAAAAUGCAGGAUCAUAUUAUGUACUGAGUCUAUAGGAUACGAGGUGAGCAAAAAUGAAUGUGUUGAAGACAUGAUUUUCAACCUUCCCUUUUUUUGGGGGGGGGGUGAUAAAAGCUAAGGAAAAAAAAAAUGAUGCUAUGGGCUUGUCUUUGCUAUUUGCGCAAUCCUUUCUAACUCAUAAAGUUGUAAAGUUAAUAUGUAUACCGUUUCAUAAGCACGAUUGGCAUGACACAUCUCAUUGCACAAUAUUUUAUAGUUGCAGAAAGGUUUGCUAUGUGUUUAAUAGUCUCUGUUAAAAUACUCCACACAAAUGUACUGACACACUUCAUAUUAUUUAGUGGGGGCAUCGUGGCCUAGUGGUUGGGACUCUUGUCUUUCAGUCAGAGGGACGUGGGUUCAAAUCCUAGCCAUGGCAUGUUUUCUUUCAGCAAGAAAUUCACCAACAUACAUUUUAUGCUUUAGCGCCGAUACGGCCCCUCAGCUAAGUAUCAAAGCAUGUUUGGAUAUAUGCACAUGGUAACUGCGCUAUACAUAGUAAAUAUUAUUGUUAUUAUGUCAUUUCUCAUUUAUUCAAUAUAUGCAUUAAUUGUAUAUUGAGGGCCUUGCUUGGGGGCAAUAUUUGCCUUGAAUAGUAGGAAUCAAAUCCAAAAGGCUUGCAUGUUUAGUUGGGUGCUCUUUCUACAUGGGGAAACAUAAAUGUACGUGUAUACAACACCUAUAUAAAAGAUGUACAUUGUAGCAUUGCAGCAUGGAGCCAUAUCAUCUGUAUCACAUAUACCUUUUGUCAAACAUUCAAUAUCAUAUCUCAUUUUUGUGUCUUGUUGUCAAAGCCUAAUAUCUUAGUUCAUCCCUUGAUGGUGUAAUCGCCACUUGGUCUACACCCACUGUCUAUAUUCCAUUUGGUCUAAUUAUCAUUUAGGCCAUGUACCACUUUGUCUAAUUACAUGUAAAUCUCCAGUUAGGCUAUACACAUUUGGUCUAGUUUGACUUUUUUAGGUUUUAAAUUUCAUUUGACAAAGUACAAAAAAAUUGUAUGAAUAAGUGCACCAAGGGGAAAUUACACUAUCUGGGUGUUAGGUUAAAUGGUAGUGUGUCCAUUAGACCAAAUGAUUGUUAGACCAAGUGGCAAUUGAACCGAAUCAUUAGUAGACCAAUAGCCGCGAUGGAGUUAGACGGUCUCCUCAUAAACCAAGUGAUUUUAAAUCCUUGAUAUUGCUUCUCUCUUAUCUUUCUCACAUUGACAUGGAGUCUUGAUAAAUUUGUCAGUCAUUCAGGUUUUAAAUCUCGUUUAGUCCCCGACUACAGGGGUGGCCAGAUUCACUUGUCCCUCCACUUUACUCCAAUUGAUGCAUCCUUCUGCCUCAACACAACCCUCUUACUCUUCCAAACCCAACAUCUACAAUAAAACCUUAAGAUUUUAGGAAGUUUUGUAUCCCUGAAAAAGACGUGUGUCUAAUGUAAAAAUUUUGGACUUCAAAAUAAACUGUUGGAACAAAGUACAAUGCAUUACCACUUUGCCUCAUUAAUCUAUGUCCAACACGCGGAAUGUAAUAUCGUUUUAUAUAUACAUGUAUAUAUAUAAGUAAGGGUACUGAUUUUGCAAUUGUCUCAAUAUACUAGAUAUUUCUGGUGGUCAAUGAAACCUGUUGUCUCGAUAAGAAGGUACAGCAAAGGUAAUUUAAUAAACAUUGCUGACAUACAUGAAACUGUUUCCUAUUUAAAAGACUUCUUGAUGACAAGGUGUAUUGAUUUCUUCUAUAAAAAAAGAAAGCUGAUCUAUUAAUUAUAACAAGUACUUAAUCCUCCACCCAAAAAGGGAAAGAACAUUAGAUUUGGUAAUUUCUUCCCAGCGAUUUAUAUUGGCCCGUAUUCUGAUAGCAGGUUAAAGUUAAACUCAGGUUUAUAAAGUUGUGGUUCAAGUAUGAAUAGCCAAAAGUAUCAAUUUUUUUAUUAAGUUGUAUGUUAUGUUUACUGUGCUCUUUCCUGAUUCAUUGAUGGUGAAGAC